AUGGCGGAAAUCUACAACACAGACCGCUUCGCAGAGCUUUAUUACCCAUCGAAUACAGCCGACCUCCUGCACCUGGGCCUCGCAGCUAGGUUCAUUGCGGGGCUCUUCGAGACCAAUCAGGUCACCUAUGCCUUCAUCGGGGGAUGGGCUGUCUAUCUGCGCGGUGGACGUCGCAGAACACAGGAUAUUGACAUUACGGUAGCCACCUCGAUGGACUAUUUGAAGCAGGUUUUGACUGCGCAGUCUCGAAUUCAUUACCCAGUUACCCAUGGCCGAACAUCGGUCCAGAUCUUCAUUGACACCGGGCGGAGUUUCGACGGAGAAUUUCCCCAAGUACCAGACUUGGCUGUCAGCAUGGACAUAGUGAUCAGUGGAAAUUUGGGCACACCUUUAGAUCUUCAGUCAUCGCGCGAGCCUAUCAAUCCAUAUAGGCCAACUCCCUUGGGAUCGCCCGUCUUGGUAUUAAGCCUCUUCUUUCAGAUCUAUGCAAAACUAAAUGCAUAUUCCCGGCGUGGUGAUCAACGAAGUAAAGACUUUCUCGACCUGGAAUUCCUAUUCACUCAGUACGCCGCCCAGGUCCCGACAUUUAGGGACUAUUACGACGUGGAGCAGCGGCGGUAUUUUUGGACGCAAUAUGCGACGACGUAUGGUGCAUUUCCGGACCAGGUUGAAAAUAUGAGGACCCUUCUGGGUCUUUGA